AUGUCUAGCUCGGAAGCCGAUCCCGAGUACAUCUGGGUCAGUUCAAACACCCCAGGUGGUUGGGACGCAGAGCCACAGCUCCCGGACUUCACCAAUCCAGAUCCGACAGCAUCCGCUUCCUCCUCCUCUUCUACCAGAGCAGGUCCUUCUUCUUCUUCAACAUCACAACCUACACAAGAACAACCUCGUCGACGUCGUCGUCCGGUUCUGAAACAAUGCCGAAUCUGUCUCGACCAAACUACGGAAGAUGUCGACCCGGAACUCGGUCGUCUUAUCUCUCCGUGCAAAUGUAAAGGCUCGGCACGUUAUGUACAUGAAGAAUGUCUUCGGGCCUGGAGAUUACAUUCUGCCAAUUCACAGAGUUUUUAUAAAUGUCCGACAUGUCAUUUUGAGUAUCGGUUUUUGCGACUUAGGGUCGCACAGAUGAUGGCUAGUACGGUUCUGGUCGGUUCGAUUACGGCUUUGAUUCUGUUAAUUACCGUUUAUAUUUUGGGCUUCGUCGCCGAUCCGAUUAUAAACCUAUACAUAAACCCCUGGUACGCCGUCGACGGGGGUAACUUCUCCUUCACAAUCAACGGUUUCACAGUCUACGGUCCCGCUCUCCACAAUACUCCUCGCAGUCCUCCAAUCCCUCGUUCUGCAGUCGGAGUGGGGAUUGUAGAACACAUGGUACGUGGGCUAAGUGCCCUCGGACUUAUCGGAUUUGGGAAGGUUCUGAUCUUCUCGCACCAUUGGAUCCGGUAUAUAUUUGGAGGGCCGGGAGUUAGAAGGGGAGAUGGAAGGGAUCGGCUGGGACAGUUGAGUUGGAUUAUAAUUAUAUGGGGGGUUGUUAAUUUUUUGAUAUUUGUGUGGGGGUAUGUUAAGGGUUGGACGAAGAACAUCCUGGAUAAGAUUGCGGCUGGGGUUGCAGACAUUGGCUCUGAAGAUGACGAUGAAGAAGAAGAAGAGGGUCCUGCUACGGAGAAUGUUCCGAAGAACGAUAUGAAGGAGGAGGUUAAACAAGAGGGGUCCAAAGAAAAGGAUGUAAAGACAGAUGUUUUCGAUGAGAAGGAAGUGAAAGAGGAGGUCUCCGAAGAUGGACCCAUCAGAAGGAAAGGUUACACAGAGGUUCCGGAGACCUAG